AUCCGUUAUUCCACCCUCACUGUCACCACAAUCCACAAUCCACAAUCCACAAUCCGCAAUCCAAACCAAGAAGCCCUAGUCCCCACACAGUAGAAAGCCCCAAAUUUCUUUCAUUUUCUCUCGCUUGCCCACUUCCCAAACAUCACAAAUGAAAUCCCGAAUCAGCUCCACCUCCAAAUCCCCAUUCUAAUCCAACUCCAACAUGCACUCACCCGUUAUACCAUUAUACUCAACUUCAAUUUUCCCGCCAAAACUCCAUAUUUUCACGCCAAGCAGAAGACUUUUUUCCAGAACAGUUCUUCUUCAGCAAAGAAUGGCUUCAUUUUCGAGAAUUGGAGUCAGCUCAGAAGUAGGUGGUGUAAGAUCGUCUUCAGGUGGUGAUGAUGGAGUAGGUACACUAAUGGAGUUUGUGGGGAAGAGAGGGGUUGACGUGGGAGAUGAGUUGGUGGUGUUGUUUCAUCAUAUACAGUAUGCUUGCAAGAGAAUUGCAGCUCUUGUGGCCUCUCCUUUCAAUUCAACUCUGGGGAAGCAUUCGGGUUUGGGAGGUGGUGGGGGCGCGGGUGGCUCCGAUAGAGACGCCCCAAAGCCCCUCGAUAUUGUUUCGAAUGAAAUCAUUUUAUCAUCUCUCCGGAACUCUGGAAAAGUAGCAGUCAUGGCUUCAGAAGAAGAUGAUUUUCCGGUUUGGAUAAGUGAUGAUGGCCCAUUUGUGGUGGUCACAGAUCCUCUUGAUGGUUCCCGAAAUAUUGAUGCAUCUAUUCCUACUGGAACAAUUUUUGGGAUCUAUAACCGCCUUGUUGAACUAGAUCAUUUGCCCAAGGAAGAGAAGACAAUGCUUAAUUCACUUCAGAGUGGAUUGAAGCUUGUAGCUGCUGUCUAUGUUCUCUAUUCAUCGGCCACAAUACUAUGCACCAGUUUUGGUUCAGGGACUCAUGCAUUCACCCUUGAUCAUUCAACAGGAGACUUUAUUCUCACACAUCCAAACAUUAAAAUUCCUCCACGAGGGCAAAUCUAUUCUGUAAAUGAUGCACGAUAUUUUGACUGGCCUCAAGGUUUAAGACAAUAUAUUGACACUGUAAGACAAGGCAAAGGCAAAUAUCCCAAGAAGUACUCAGCUCGUUAUAUAUGUUCUCUAGUCGCUGAUUUUCACAGGACUCUAAUGUAUGGGGGAGUGGCAAUGAAUCCAAGGAGCCAUCUUCGUCUGGUUUAUGAGGCGAAUCCUCUUAGUUUUCUGGUGGAGCAGGGGGGCAGGGGUUCUGAUGGUAAAAUUAGAAUCCUUUCAAUCCAACCGGUCAAGCUGCAUCAAAGGCUUCCUCUGUUUUUGGGAAGUCCAGAGGACAUUGAAGAGUUGGAGAGUUAUGGGGAUGUGCAACAGAAAGUAAAUCCUGGUUAUGAAGUCUGAUUAUGACAUUUGUGGGCUUAUGAAUUAACCAAGGAUUGCUUCUUGUCAGUACUCAGUAGGUUGUGUAUUCAGAUUUUACAUUACAAAUCCAGAUAUCUUACUUCAGCCCAAAUCCAAAUGGUUGUGUAAUAUAUUGUUGUGUUUGAUGGAAAAUGUGUAACUGUGGUGUUACUGUUAAUAAGUUAAAAUUGUUGAAUACUUGUUAAAAAGCUUGCAUUUUGCUAUGA